AAUGAAAUAAAAGGAGUCGAAUAACUGAAGAGAAAAAAUAGGAGAAAAAUAAAAAAAUUAAAAAACAAGGAAAAUGUCGACACUCUCUUCCUCGUCAGAAACUGCAACUCUUUUCUAUGCAAGAAAGCCUCUGCUUGCCAAAGGAAUGUCGACAUAUACUCUCCUCACUCUCUCUCUUCUCUGCACGAAACCGCUUCCGCUGUCUUUAAAAAGGUGCGUAGGAUAACAAUCGUGCGCACCAAGACGCCUAUUUAUCAUCCCUCAUUUGAAAUUCGUGAAAAACCAAAACCAGAACCCCCAAAUCAAGGAAAUUGCAUUCCAUGUCGUUUCUCGAGGAUCUAGAGCCGUUUCUCUACAUCACCCAAAAUAUCAGAAACAAUACCCAGCUUUUCCAAGAGAGGCUAUCGGAGCUGAUUUCUGGAUCGAUGGCGACGACGAGCUGCGGCCGGGCCGAGUCUGAUGAGUGCCGCGACGAGGCCGCGGCGUUGCCGCUGAAAUUGGUGGCGAUUGGGGCAAUUCUCAUUGCCGGGGUCGCCGGCGUGGCGCUCCCGCUCGUCGGCAAGAAGCGCCGGUUCCUGCAGACGGACGGCAACGUAUUCGUCGUCGCGAAGGCGUUCGCUGCCGGCGUGAUCCUGGCGACGGGGUUUGUCCACAUGCUACCGGACGGCGCCAAGGCGCUGACGAACAAGUGCCUGCCGCGAUGGCCGUGGGCCAAGUUCCCGUUCGCCGAGUUCGUCGCGAUGCUGGCGUCGCUUGGUACGCUAGUCAUCGACUUCGUCGGGACUCAGUUCUACGAGCGGAGGCACGAGGAGGAUAGGCGGAAGGAGGAGGAGAGCCGGGGGAGGGCGAGUGACGACCGAGUCGAAUCGGUGGAAUCGGGGAUCGUGGCGAGUCGAACCGGUGCAAAGGUAUUUGGGGAGGAAGAGGGCGGGGGAAUGCACAUCGUGGGGAUGCACGCGCACGCCGCGUCGCACCGCCACAGCCAUCCGCACGGGAACCACUCGUGCGACGGGGCCUCGCGGAAGGCGGGCCACGCGCACUCGGUUGCAUGGGGCGAGGCCGAAGAUGAGGAGGGGUCGUCGUCGCACGUGCGGCACGUCGUCGUGUCUCAGGUGCUGGAGCUUGGGAUCGUGUCGCAUUCGGUGAUAAUCGGGCUGUCUCUCGGGGUAUCCCAGAGUCCUUGCAUAAUCAGGCCGCUCAUUGGGGCUUUGGCAUUCCAUCAGUUCUUUGAAGGGUUUGCUUUGGGUGGAUGCAUCUCUCAGGCCCAAUUCAAAACACUCUCAGCUACAUUGAUGGCAUGCUUCUUCGCAGUCACCACGCCCGCUGGUAUUGGCAUCGGUGCUGCGAUAGCAUCCUUCUACAACCCCAACAGCCCCAGGGCAUUGGUCGUGGAGGGAAUGUUCGACUCUGUCUCUGCUGGCAUCCUUGUCUACAUGGCCUUGGUGGAUUUGAUCGCGGCCGAUUUUCUCAGCCGGAGGAUGAGCUGCAAUGUCCGCCUCCAGGUGGUGUCCUACUUUGCCCUGAUCCUCGGGGCUGCUUUGAUGUCUUCACUUGCAAUCUGGGCAUGAUCAUGGGCUCUUGGAUUGAGAUUAUCUUGAUCUGGAUCGUAGAUAAACCAUUGUUCUUUUUGAGCUUGUCAGAGCAGCGAAGGGAGGGUGGUGGUGUGUGUAUUGUAUUUUUUCUUUCCAUUUUCUUUUUCUAUUGCAUACAUAGAUGUUUUUUCAUGCA